UAACUUCCUCUCUCCAAGACCUCAAUUUUUUUACACAACCUCGGUCCUUGAAAUAAGAGCCCUUCAAGCAACCUGGAAAACGUUUGGUCAGCAAAAAAAAAAAAAAAAAGGAAAAAAAAAGAAAAAAGGAGUCCUCCUGUUUUUCCAAAGGAUCUGUCUCAGGAAUUUAAAGCACAUUUAAGACACACACACUCACAUAACAUAAGGAGGGGGGGAAAGGCUCUUCCCCUCCCCUUCUUGCAGAAAGCAUGGAAGAAAGCUCCAGUUCUCCUGUUUCCCCUGUGGAUAGCUUGGGGACCAGUGAAGAGGAGCUGGAAAGGCAGCCAAAGAGAUUUGGCAGGAAGAGAAGAUACAGUAAGAAGUCCAGCGAAGAUGGCAGCCCCAACCCAGGGAAGAGGGGGAAAAAGUCCAGUCCCAGCUCCCAAUCUUACGAAGAACUGCAGAGCCAGAGGAUCCUGGCCAAUGUCAGAGAGAGGCAGAGGACUCAGUCGCUCAACGAAGCUUUUGCCGCCCUGAGGAAAAUCAUCCCCACGCUGCCCUCUGACAAACUGAGUAAAAUCCAGACACUCAAGCUGGCGGCGCGGUACAUAGACUUCCUCUACCAGGUGCUACAGAGCGACGAGAUGGACAGUAAGAUGACGAGCUGCAGUUACGUGGCUCACGAGAGGCUCAGUUAUGCCUUCUCCGUGUGGAGGAUGGAGGGAGCGUGGUCCAUGUCGGCCUCCCACUAGCCACCGCCCAGGCCAGGCCAGCCCAAGGGACUACCCAGUGUCUGUAACUGAAGUGGAAUUGGGAUUUAUCCAAGUUUGUAGCUUCUGAAACCUUAAAAACCUCAAGAAAACUGCUCCAAAAGACCCCUCUUGACCUCUCUCGCUCUGAACUCUUGCGGAGCAUUUUAGACUGAGCAGCAAAAUGGCACCGAAGAGAAGGGGCUGAGACUUCGCAGCAUCUCUCCCCAGAACGACUGACCAAAGAGAGAAGGAGAAGCAACAUUCCUGGUUGUUCAUUGUUGUUGGGAUUUUGUGUCUGUCUGUCUGUGCGUUUGGUGUUUUUAUCGCUGAUUUUUUUGGUUUUUAUUUUUAUUUCUGAGGAAAAAACCUUAAUUCAGGAAACACAUUUAUGAGGCAUCUUUGGGUUCGAGUUUUACUUCCCCUUAGCUGUAUUCUUCUCUUUUUUUUUUUUUUUUUUUUUUUAAGUUCCAAACCUGAUUUCUUGUACAGUCAUGGCAAAACUGGACCAAGGCUCUCAGAAAAAAACAGGACAAGGAGGAGAAAAGCCCACCAUGCCCCCAGCUCCCUGCAUGAUUUGUUUCAAGUACAGCCUGGGUUACAGACUGCCCUCCACACUCUGCCACCUCUCCCUUAUUGCUCCAUGAUUUGCUACCGCUCAUCCCCUUCCCCCCCCUUUUUUUUUAAUUUUUUUUUUGUUUUCAUUUUCUGUUCCAGUGUAUAUGUUGCUUAUUUGUUUUAUUUAUUGAGAUAUUUUUAACGAGCUAAGAGACUGCAAUGUCGCUGUGUAUACUGCUUCUCUUGCCAAUAAAAAUAAAGAUGUCAUGCAGCUA